GGUACUAUCCGGAAGUUUAAUACCAAGAUAAGUGAGAGGUAAUUAUUUAAAUGUCAUCGUGACUCAGCAGAGUAUACAGGUAAGUGUACACUCCCAAACCGUUUUUUAACUACAACGGAAUUAAUCCCACACCACCCUCUUCUAUCCCGCCCAUAAACGUCACUGAUUCAAACUGCAGCCGAGGCAGAGGCAGAGAAAGGAGGCAGCCGAGUGGAUCACACACAUUACACGGGUUGAGGCAGAGAGAGCUUUCACACUACAUAUAGCGACAGCUUGGGCACCACUCGUUGGGGUUUCUAUUGUAUGAACACAAACGGAGGAUUUAAAGAUGUGGACAGAAGUCGGCAAGCUCGUCCUGUUUCAUUUACUGCUUAUGGAGCUCCAUUGCGCGAAAGGGACUCAUACAGAAUCAGAGUGUGAAACUGGGCAGUUUAAGUGCAAGAAUGGAAGGUGCAUCCCAAUCCCUUGGAGAUGUGAUGAUGAUGAUGAUUGCUCGGACAACAGCGACGAGGAGAACUGUCCCAAGAAGACGUGUGCAACGACAGACUUUGCCUGCAAGAACGGACAGUGUGUCCCUGCUAGGUGGCGCUGCGAUGGAGAACAGGAGUGUGCGGAUGGUUCCGAUGAGGCUGACGCAAUCUGCAGCCGACAGACCUGUCCGCCAGAGAAGUUCGAUUGUGGUGGGACUGCCAGCAAGUGUGUCUCGUUGUCAUGGAGAUGCGAUGGAGAAAUAGACUGCGAGAAUGGGGCCGAUGAAGAGCACUGUGCUGCAGAUGCCAAGGCCUGCCCCUCCAAGGACUUUCAAUGCCGUAACGGGAAGUGUAUAGCACCCAUCUUCGUCUGUGAUGGCGACGAUGACUGCGGAGAUGCCACUGAUGAAGAAAAGUGCUCGGCCCCCAGCUGUGACCAGCAUGAAUUCCGCUGCAAUGACUCAGAAUGUAUCCCGGCACUCUGGAGCUGUGACGGGGACCCAGACUGCAAGGAUAAGUCGGAUGAAUCCAUGGAGCGCUGCAGUAGGAGGACCGAACCCCAGAAACCUCGAUGCAUGGUGGGCGAGUUCCAGUGUGGGAGCGGAGAGUGUGUCCGCAUGAACUGGAAAUGCGAUGGAGACGCAGACUGCAAGGACAAAUCUGAUGAGUCAAACUGUCCUGUGCUUACAUGUCGACCUGAUGAGUUCCAGUGCGGCGAUGGUUCCUGUAUCCACGGCACCAAACAGUGUAAUAAGGUUCAUGACUGCCCAGACUACAGUGACGAAGCUGGCUGUGUCAAUGUUACAAAGUGCGAGGGGCCAAGGCACUUCCGCUGCAAGAACGGGGAGUGUAUUGACAGCAGCAAAGUGUGUAACAACGUAAAGGACUGCAAGGACUGGUCUGAUGAACCUGUGAAGGAGUGCGGCCUAAACGAGUGUGCAGACAACAAUGGCGGCUGCUCCCACAUCUGCAGGGACCAGAGAAUUGGUUUUAUUUGUGACUGUCCUUCUGGGUACAAACUUCUGGACAAAAAGACUUGUGGUGACAUAGAUGAAUGCGAGAACCCAGACGCCUGCAGUCAAAUCUGCAUCAAUUACAAAGGGGAUUAUAAGUGCGAGUGCUAUGAAGGUUACGAGAUGGACCCUGCCUCCAAGACCUGCAAGGCUGUGGGAAAGAGUCCAUACUUAAUGUUCACCAACCGCCAUGAGAUCCGCCGCAUUGACCUGCUGAAGAGUGAAUACACCCAAGUGGUUCCUACACUGAAGAAUGCUGUGGCCCUGGAUGUGGAUGUGGCCAUCAAUAAGAUGUUCUGGUGUGAUCUAUAUCAUCGUAAAAUAUACAGUGCUUACAUCAACAAAGCCAAUGACUCUUCGCACCAGGUGACACUCAUAGAGGCACUCCAUUCCCCCGAGGGCCUGGCCGUUGACUGGGUCCAUAAGAACAUCUACUGGACCGACUCGGGCAACAAGAGUAUCUCUGUGGCCACAGGAGAUGGUAGCAAGAGGAAAAUGCUCAUCGUCACGGAGUUGAGCGAGCCGCGGGCUAUUGCAGUCGACCCACACCAGGGGUUUAUGUAUUGGUCCGACUGGGGAGAUCAGGCCAAGAUUGAAAAAGCUGGGAUGAAUGGAGUGGAUCGACAGGUGCUGGUGUCUGAGCACAUCGAAUGGCCCAAUGGAAUAACCCUAGACUUGUCUAAUAGGCGUCUCUACUGGGUGGACUCCAAGCUGCAUCUGCUGUCCAGUGUGGAUUUAAAUGGGGACAACCGCAGAGUUCUGUUGUCCUCCCAGCACCACUUGGGACACCCCUUUGCCCUCACAGUUUUUGAGGAUCGCAUAUACUGGACCGACCUGGAGGAUGAAGCAAUAUACAGCGCCAACCGCCUGACGGGGAAAGAUGUAGCGAAGGUAGCCGAGCACCUCAAUAACCCUCUGGACCUGGUGGUGUUCCAUGAACGGAGACAGCCCAAAGCCCCUGACACCUGUAACACGGGCAGUCUGCCCAAUGGUGGCUGUGAGUACCUCUGUUUAAAGGCGCCUCAGAUCACAGACCACUCCCCCAAAUAUACCUGUGCCUGUCCCGAUGGCAUGGAGCUGGGACCUGAUAUGAGGCGCUGUGCCACAAUCCGAGCAAGAACAACCACAACAGCAGUUCCAUCCACCACCACCACCACCACCACGACAGCGACCACAACCAUCACAGCUAGCACAACAACGAAACCUACACGUCGGCCCACAACAGCAGUUCCAACAAGCAUAACUACCACCACCCCCACCACCACCACCACUAGUGCUGCUUCCACCACACUCACAACCACAACCAGGCAUCUGGAACCAACCGAACCCACCCAGAACCUCAGGGCCACCUCCACAAGUACACAGACGACCAGUUUCAGCAGCACCAGUCAGACAUCGAGACCCACUCGCACACCCUUACUGGGCCCAGUGGCUCCCAGCAGCAUUCAGAGAGAGAGCAACGGCAACCUCUCCCACAGAGCUGCGAGUGAUCACUACCUCAUAGGCAACAACAUCACAGUAGCUGUCUUGGGGAUAGUCAUUCCUAUCGUCCCUAUCCUUGCCACAGUGGUCAUUGGGUUACUUUGCUCCGGCGCAUACCUGGUGUGGCGAAACUGGCGGCGCAAGAACACCAAAAGCAUGAACUUCGACAACCCUGUUUACCGCAAGACCACAGAAGACGACGAUGAUGAAAUCCACAUCGGCCGACACAGCGAGUCCAUCGGUCACGUCUACCCGGCAGUGAGUGGCAACCACAGUCAGCCAUUCAUAGCGCUUCCUCUAGGGGGCGGCAUCAGCGACAGCAACUCUCAUUGGUACUCAGGGGCGCCAAUGUUAUCCAGUGGCAAAUGAGAGAAAGAACAUUCAGAAAAGCCCAGUUGUUGUCUACAUGUUCUCCUGGUCAAAAGAAACAUGCAUGCACGUGCACACAACAACACACUCACACAUCAAGUUUGCAGUAAUAACGGAAAAGACCAACACAUGAAGCCCUACACCAUGCUACCAUUCCUCUACUGACCAUGAUCAUAUAGUACACACAUUUAUAAAUUAUACAUUUUUUGAUAUCAUACUUCCAUUCCAAUUUUUGUACUUGUAGUUUUUAUAUGUGUUUAAGUGUUCUUUGACUACAUAAUAUUCUUUUUUAUUGUCAAGGUCCAUGUUAUGAAACAAAUCAUAGACUGACACACAUCAGCUAUUCUUUCAGGAAGCAGCUGACGUUUUAUUUCUAUAAAGUGAUUCCUGCAAUAGACAAACACUGGGACCCUCAUCAGAGAGCACUAGUGACUCAGAGAUAGUUACAGUAUAUUCAAUGUAAUGUCACUAAGACUCAUUGCCUCUGCAGACCUAUUUAAUAUUGAUUCACUGGUAAGACUAUUAUUGGUGGAGUUCUAUAGGUCACCAAAGAAAACCAACAGGAUAGCACAAUUUUAAUUUUGUUAGGCUAUUCAUGCAAUGCCACUAUGUGAACUUGUCACACUACUACUCCAAAAUGGGGAGCAUAAAUCAGAACCAAAAAAUAGAAUCUCUGGGUCCAGGGCUGCCACUCCCUACCCGCAGAACACACGCUCUGCGUAGGGCUUCACAAUUCAUGACGGGCCACAUUUUGCACAAGGGGCAAAUUUUCUGCAAAUGCACAAAGGAUGUGCAUCACUGCCGUGAGGCGUAGGACUCCAAGUUAGCCCAAGGCAGCAGAGGAAAAAAGAGACACGUAAUGUAACACCGCCCUCAUUGCCACAGUGAUUGGUAGCCUUGCAGCAAAAUAAGAGAAUAUAAUAUCAGAAUUCACCCACUCACUUGUCAGUCCCUCGUGGUGUAAUGGUCCAGCUGCUGCCUUUUAAGGCAGAGGGUGUGGGCUAGAAGACAGCCACACACAGUUCAUUUUUUAUUCUGCAAAUUUUGCACUAAAAACUAUUUAUUUGCCAUGUAUUCGUAUUACUACAAAACAUACAUCUGAGUAAAUACAGGUUCAUGUCAAAUACUAUAAAAACAGCUUUUAAUGGGUCAGUUAGGUGCUAGAGAUGUGGUGACCACAGCUACCUAGAGGCGGGACUCCAAAUAAAAUUCUGCUUAGGGCACCAGUUUGGCCGGGGAGAGUGACAACUGCCCUGAUGGUGCAGGUGCAUGUUGCCAUAAGGGACAAUGCCAACAGUGACAACAUUCAAAAUCCCAAAAGGAAGCACGGUCAGUGGAAACAUUAAUUUCAUAUCAUUUUGUUGUCAGUGUAGUAGAGAUGGGCAUCCAAAAAGAAUAAUGGGGGGGGGGAGAGUCUAGCUCUUUGAUCAGUUGGCAUGGUAACCCAGAUUUCCUUGUGUCGCGCCAAUGAGGAAGGUGGCACACAAUUUUAGAUAUAACAGCGUGAUGACAACCUGAAGACACACACACACAUACACACAACAGGUGCACAAACGAGUCAUUUUAAAAGUGAAUUAAAAAUUGCUUUUGGCAAGGAGGUGAUAGAGAGUUUGUUUUGUUUGUUUUUUUACCCUUGUGGCACUAUGCUGCAUGUCAAAGAUCCAGAGAGAGAUCAGGCUGGCUUUAUGUGGGCUAAGCAUUUGCAGCCAAAGACAGCACAAAGCAUUCCUCAAAUAGAAAGUGCCAGAAGAGGGGAAAAGACAAGAAUGGGCAAAGGGUGGAGGUGGAGGUAAACAUUAGAAAUGAAUGGCUGAAGCCUUUUUUUAGCCUGUGUUGUCUUUGUCCAUCAUUUUUUAUUUGCAUUGGUAACAUGUUUUAUCUGCUGUUUUCAGCUAGUGGCACUCAGUCUGGAGGACGAUGGCUAUCCCUGAAGAAGGGUUUCGGCCUGUGCCUUCAUUCUCACCUCGGCCCCUCCUCCCUCCACAUCCAUACCUCCACAAUGAGGCCUGGCUCAGCGCAGAGGAGACGCUCCUCCUUUUGCUUCCUUUUUAAGGAGCAGGGAUGACAAGUACAACCCGUAUAUCCCACCUCUCUCCUAUAGUUCUCACACUCUAGUAACAUCGCUACUACCAGUAGGCGCUACUACGUUCUCUAAUUCUAGCGUGUAGUAGCCUGUGCUCUGCCCCUUUUUCUCUCUCUCUCUUAGUAGUGAGUGCAUUUACAGUACAAGCUGCUCUUCUUAAACUAACCUCAUUGAGCUCUCAUAAGUAUCAGAAAGGGAGUCACCAUGAAUUCUUAAUUCUUCAUGUUUUAUUUAUUUGUAUGUUUGCUGGUGUAAAUAUGUAACCAGCACAUCCAGACGUAUUUCGACUUCACUGAAAUGACAUUCAGUGUCUGGUAAAGACAGUUUUUCCUUAUUCUCCUUAAAUGUUUAUCUGUAACAUUCUUUGGAGGAGGGUUGUUUUUAUCCUUUUCACUCCCAAGCCGUUCACAUCUGCCUCUGCCACGCAUAUUGUACUGAGGUAGCAAAGCUAAAUAUAGGAAAGGAGGCUGUGAACAUGACAAGGUAAGGAUUGGUGUGGACGUUUGGAGGUGAUUUGAGGGUGGAAGAGUAAGAAAGGAGCUUUUUUUGAUGUGACUACAAGGAUUUAUGCCACCAGAGGGUAGCGCUUCAAGGCAAAAAGCAGCAAGGCAGAAAAUAACAAUUAUGAGUAAUCCUCGGUGUUGGCAUCAGAGGUAUGCGCACUGGUUACCAUGAACUUGAGUUUGCUUUUUCUCAGUCAGUGUUUUAUAUACCGUUUGUUUGCUUGUCUGUGCUGCUGCUAUUGUAGAUGAUGCUAAAGCCCCUGGGGUGGAUAAAGGGGAAAGUCAAUGAAAAAGAAAAAUACUAAAUAACUCCAGUAAUUGUAUCAAGAUGAAAUUAGAUAUAUUUUGGUAUUUGGCCAGGAUGCUGUGUUACUAGUAGGGGGAAAAUAAUGGGUUACGAAUGAGUUCCAUCCCUAGACCUUCUCUUUUCUUCCCAGAUUUCCUUGUAACCCCUCACAGAAUCCAUGAAUCUUGAUCCUUAAUGAAUGCAAUGACACUCGGUUGAUACCAAAAGAGCGGUUGAUAUUAGUGGCUGUUUCUCUACUCUCUGAGCUUUUUAUGAUGUUUAUUUUCACUUCCACGGCGAUGGCUCUCCUUUUCACUGACACACUGUUGCUUGGGAGACUACUACUACUAAUCAUCUGUGUUAACAUGUAGUUGUGUAAACACACGUGUAAAAAAAAAAAAAUUGCAGAUUGCAGUCGAUCAGCUUUAUGUUUACGUUACAAGUACUACAGUUCCCGAUGCUGCACUGCUUGACCAGGAAGUAUUGAGUUUUGGGAAAAGAUGCUACUAUCACGUUUUGACAGACGUCUUAUGCAGUGAUCUGACAAAUCUUAAGUAACUUUGAUGAAAUGUAGAAUUACUACAGCUUUGACAUUAACACAAUGGCAGCUGUUGAACGCCCAUGAAAAAAAUGCAGAGAGCGAGUGACGCCGGGACGCCAAGUUCAUGUAGGAUUGCAAGGUUUGUAGUGUGCGUAAAGCACUUCAUGUGCGCUUCCAAUCCUGCCUUGUGCACUGCCACUUCCAUAUUAAGUGUAUUAACAACACAGCACAUUAGCCAUAGUUCACAGGCCUCUUCUCGCGAGACAGCUUUUCUCUAAACGGGAAAUAUCGCCACAUUUUAAUCACACCUACUGGUGACACUGUGAUACGUGACACCACUUCUAAUAAGCAAUGUUAUUUGUCAUAACACCAAGGACCACCUGUAACCGCUGUUUUCUAAGAAUAUUUGAAAAAUGUAAUCAUGUUUCAAGCCAUUUUAAAUAGAGAUAUGAGAAAGAGAGGGAUAAUCGAGUGUUCUUGUUUUUUCAGGUGAAAUGUUUGCUUUCAUACAGCUUUACUCUUCAAGAGUGUUUCUUUUAAAUUAGCUGCCGUAGAUACAGAAAUCUCUUUCACUGACUGUUCCGUGGAGGGUUUUGUAUGAAAAGAUGAGUAAGCCCUCAUAGACUGAAAAACAAGCUCUGAUUUGAUUUAAAAGCCUGAGAUCGGGGAAAGUGGUAAACCGUUCGAAAGCGCUUCUCUUCCUUUUACUUGCUGCAGAAAUGUUUCAGAUCCACUGGAUCGGCUUAAAUGCCCAGUGAGCGUUGCAGUAAUUACCCAGAUGACUUUCUAAUGGUGAUGUACUUUAAACCACCAGAGCAAGUAAACAUGAUAGCUGUCGAUGUGGCACAUUAACUCUUCUACGUCGUUGGGCAUCCUUUCAUAUGGGACACUGACAUGAUGGGACGUUAAAGACUAUUCUUAAAUUCAGUUAUACCGAGUCAUGCGUACAACACCACAUUUUCCAUUGUUGACUUUGAUCUCUGAACAAUAUUUUUUAUUGAUUGCGCUGUAUGCCCGAAUAUUUCAUCGACCUGUUUUAAAAAGACAUAUCUGGUUGAAGAGACGUGAGUUGUCUCAAAACCACAAUUUCCGGUCCUCAGUAGUUCAGAGAUUAUUGCUCUAAAUUCCAACUAGUGAUGGGUGAUACCAGAUUUUUUUUAUUUGAUGCAAUCCAUUUUUAUCCCAAUAAAACUAAAACACAUAACAAAUAUGAGCCAUUUAACAACUUUAUUGUGCAUUUUCCAUAACAUAUUAGUAUUAACAAAUCCAAAUACUUUAUUUUAACACAAUGUAACCUAAAUAAUUUAUUUGUUAACAUUAAGGGACAAAGAUGUCCUCUUCAAAAAUCUUACUAAUAUUUUUCAUAUCUUGACCAACUUAAGUCCAGAUCCAGUCCAGAAGGUAAAUCAAUCAAGUAUCUGAUGUUUAUAAUCAAAACAGAAGUUGAUUACAGGAUUUAUGUUUAACAAAUGCAGGUUGCACAGUGUAAAAAUAGAGUAAUAUUUAAUUAGUGCUUGAAAUAUCAGAGCUAGUUUCUCUCUUAACACAUCAACGUCUUGUUGUUCUUGUUGUUGUUGUGCUAGUCGUUCUUCUGGUCAGUGGUCACAUGACAUACACUACAGGAGGUGUGUGUGUGUGUGUGUAAGAUGAGUUCUCGUUACUGCACUCUAGCGUCCCACUAUUCACACAGUUAGCAAUCAUUUGAAUGGAUCUGGGAAACCAAAUUCUAAAAUUGUUCAUGAUUUUUGCUCCCUGUCCAACCCCGCUCCCCCCCCCCCGGUUGCUAUUUCUUAUAGUACUCUUUGCACUCUUCUAGUCGGUCUUCCAAAUCUCUGCAUAAGCAGAUAAUCGAAUUGCUUACCCAGGAGGUGCCGAAUGCUUUCUAACAACUUUGACACUUUUACCACGUCUUAACUGCAUGCACUCUAUCACUAAAGAGUAACACGACAGCAACAUCAGCAUUUUUUGUUUUUUACUCCCAUGUCUUGUUUCUGUGGUUGUGAUGCGCCUGUAUUUUAGUGCCCCUCAUCUCUCUUGCCAUCCCAUUUUCAUCCGAGCAUCGACAUCUUUGCUUUGCAAGGGCUAUCACUAUGAUCAAGGUAAACACACACUAGAAGAACCACUGGAUACACCCGCCAACCACAUGAAAAGUGUCAACAAAACACUUUCCCAAGCAGGAAGCACUUAAAAAGGAUGCUCGCGCAAAAGAAGUUGCCCCCUCGACUGCAUUUUGGACCAUGGAAUGACCUCUGUACUUAUCCAACUAUCUUAACCAACUGAUUUCUCUUAUUUUUGUAUUUUUUUUCCUUGGGACGUAAAAUGGUUUGUUUCUGACUGUUGUCGAUGGUGUUUUCUUCCUUGGUGGAGCUUUUUUCCACCCAUUUGGAAAAUGAAGUCAUGUUAUGGAUAGUUGUAAUUCCAUCAAUAUAGAGGGAACGUUUUUCUGAAAAAUCUGCCUAUUUCAUCAGACAUUAAAAAAUGGGGGUUCCAUCCAUUCCUCAGCCAUACAGUCGACAUUUUUUAUGCUGUUUGUUGCACAAAAACUUUUCAAGAAGCCUUCUGCACUGUGUAAAGAGAUAAUGCUCUUAGGAGGGGAGGGGGGAAAGGUGAGACAGUCCAGUGGUACAGUCCAAUGGUUUUGAAUUAUGACUUGUAAAUACUUUUUCAUACAACUUUUUGAUAGUGUUUUAAAUGUAUCUGUAAAAAAAAAAAAAUGUACAUAAACCACUGGGGCGGAACAAAAAACGAGUGUAGACUAUAUGAAUUUAUUUGUACACAAGAACACUGGAUUUCUUUACUACUUGAUUGUAACUAAAAUUAAUAAUCUGCCAAAGUGUUUUUACUUUACUUUUUCCUGUUGUCUGAUCCAUUUGUUUGCUUUUUAACAGGAUUGCAGAGUUUUAUGUUCAUAAACUGUAUUUAAUUCUGUUGAAUAGAUUUUGUUGUUGUGUGGGUGUAUUUUUCAGGGGGCGGGGGUUAUCUUUUUAAUUUAUUGGUGCCUUGUUUUGUGCUCCUGUAUACUUUUACCCUCCGUCUUUCUGUGUUCCGUGUCUGUAGGAGGACAGUCGGGAUUAAUUGGUGGGUUGGUGGGCGCAAGGGCUGUGGGAGUUAAAAACUUAGCAAUUUCUGUACUUACAUGGAAUAUCUGUACUGUAUGCCAAAAUGGUCUCACUCACGUUUCUAUGAAAUCAAACUGUUCAUAAAUAUCUCUAUAUAUUGAUAUAUUAAAUUUGUAAAACAGUCUGCUGUGUAAUGCUGCUCCUUUUUGGAAAAAAUAAAGAUUGAUCAGUAUUAAAUAUCGUUGAGGAAUAUGCAUCAAAUUACACACACAGGCAGAUUAGAUUCUAAGUGUGUAUAGACAAAUUGUUUUGACACGUUACUGGAGACAAAGACGGAGAAAAAGUCAAAGUCGAGACCUGCGGCUGUCGCAAAAUAGCAUUUUUUUUCAAGUUGCUGAAACAACACUUUUCUGGUAUGACAGGUGGGCCAAACCACGCAUUCAUCAGGGGUCCCGGCAGCACCCAAAGAUGUCAAAAAACACCACUUUUCCGAUCGGUCGAUUUUUGGCCGUUUUUUCAUGACCGCGACUGUCGCGAAAUUGCGUUUUCUUAAGUUGAUGAAACAACACUUUUCUGGUAUGAGUGGUAGGCCAAACCCACCACACAUUCAUCGGGGGUCCCGGCAGGCCCGAAAGAUGUCAAAAAACACCACUUUUCCGAGCGGUCGAUUUUCGGUCGUUUUUUCAAAAUCGCACUUUCUUCAAGUUGCUGCAACAACACUUUUCUGAUCGGGGAUGUGGGAAAAACCCACCACACAUUCUUCGGGGGUCCCAGCAGGACCCAAAGAUGGCAAAAAACUUUUCCAACGGGUCAAUUUUCGGCCGUAUUUUUCAAAACAGUGCCGUUUUUUUGCCAUUUUUAGGUCUUCCCGGGACCUUUUAUGAAUGUUUUUCCCACUUCCCGGACCUGAAAAGUGUUGUUUCAGCAACUUUAAAGUAAGAGAAUUCACGUUUGCAGCGGACCUGAAAAAACGGACGAAAAUUGAUCGCUUCGGAAAAGUGGCGGGUUUUCUUGACAUUUUCAGGUUCUCCUGGGACCUGCGAGGCAUUGUUUAGUGGUUUUUGCUUGUUGUUCAGUGGAGAGUAAACGGUUUAUACCACUUAUCCUCUGCCCUCGUCUCCUCAACCACAUCUCCUGUGGUGUCAACACAUCAAAGCCAGGUUCCAGCUGCGAGGCGUAACACAGGACGUGACAAAGUAUUUUUAGUGUUUCUCUCAGAUCGUAGGAAUUUUAGUGGUUUGGAAAUUGUGACUUUUUCAUAGCGAAACCACUAACCGGCCCAUGCCUCACCCACUUCAACCUGACAGCUAUUUAGCUCUCUGCUGCCCCCGCUGAUUAGAUGCCCUAAUGACAAAAAAGUAACUAAACAGUUGAUCGAGACCAAAAAGGCUAUGAUUCAAAAAAGCAGAUUUCUUUAACAUGUAUUGCAUCAAAAUGAUCCACCUCACAGUUUCAUUUCAUUAUUUUCCAUCAUUGCUGCUCAUUUUGUUGUUAAUAUGAAAGCAGAAAUUGCACAAAACGGUUCAAGUGUUUCAAAAUGAUACUGCAAUAAAAAAUAAUUAGCACUCAGUCUGCCUUCACCUUUCAUUUUGUACUUCUUGACAAGUGUUAGCUUGCCGUGUGCCUUUUCACCCGUUUUAUUGAUUCCUCUCGCACUUUCCAUAUUUUGUCACCGUCUCACAGCUCAGGUGAGCCUGAAAAAGGCAAUAAGACUUCUGUAACGUCACCGAAGUUCCUGCAAUAAAAUCUCUUUCUGUUUUAAAAUGCAGCGAGUGAACACGCGGCCGCAUCUUUGUCUCGCUCUGUCGUCGUCUCUCGCCUCCCUCCUCUGCCUCAUGGAUGACAGUUCCAUUAUCUCCUUGAUAAUAAGUUGCACAGAUUAGCCACAGGGGCAGACAAAGUGGUAGGGACACGCCGCUGUCUUUCUGUGUCCGAGUAAUGUGUGUGUCUGUGUGCAUAAUGUGUGUCAUUAGCUUCUCACUAAUGUUUGCUUGUGUGUCUAUUUGUCUUCCUGUGUGUGUUUGUCUGUACGGAUGUUUCUCUCGGUGCGUGCUGCUGCCUGUCUGUUUGUUUUUGAGGCUGCUGUCUGUGUAUACCGUCAUAUGUGUGCUGGAUGCACUCGAGGAGUUGACAGGCCAAGUGCCAUUAGCAGAUAAUUACCAAAAAGUCUCCUAAGGAGGAUGGCUCAUCAUCUUGACGCCGGCAGAUGGAGAAACACGAAGACAUCUGCAAUUCAAAUGAGGUGCCUUGCAUGUGCUCAUGCGUUUUAGACUUUCUUUCCAUAUUUGCUGGUUUUACUUCCUCUUUCUCUGAUAAGCUUUUGUGUGUGUUUAGUGAUUGCAUCCCAUUUGUGUCACUAAUAAGGAAGCAAGUGUAGGAGUGUGAAAGUACGCCGUAUUCACGGUUCGGGACAAGUGUUGCCAGGUCUUGCAAAAACAAACAAAACAAAACAAAGGGAGAGAGGCCGCUUGUUCAUAGGUAUGAAAAAUUAGGGGCGCAACAAUACAUGUACGUAGCUGUCCAUACAGUGGUUUCCAUUUGAUAACACUAUUAAUCGAAGUCCUCCCUUCCUCUCGCCACCACGGACAGUUCGCCACACGCCCCCAGGUGGGCCCGCCCCGCUAUUUGAGAAGCACUGUUGUAACCCAAAAGUCUGAUGGCGUCAGUCAGCUGACUCCAAAGCCCCCUCCUGAUUCGUGGCUGAUGAAAUCCCCGCAGGCGGACGUGCUCAGCGGCUGCUGUUGUGGCUGGCAGCAGACGGCGUCUCAAGUUGCGGGCAAAACUACAUUUUUCACCUUUAUCAUCCAAAAUGACAGAUAAAAUAACUCAGCAGUAAGAUGCACUGAACGCACAUGCAAUAAAAGUCCUCGUUGCGUUCGUGGUGACUACUUCCAUGCAAAAUUACGGAAAUGUGUUUUUCUACGCUUAAUUGUUAUUGUUGCCAUUAUUUUAUGAUCAAAUGAAAAAAAAAUCUUCUCAUUGUAUAAUUUUUUCAUGUUUUGCUUUGACUUUGGCUGUGUUGUCAUUUCGAUAAUUGUUUUUGUUAAUUUUAUAAUUGUAACGGAUGUCUACAUGAGCUGUGGAAAUAAUGAACGCCACAUAGUUUGAUUGAAAUACUAUUGAAUCUAUAAACAGAACUAUUGAUGAAUUCUUUUUAUUGUUGAAUUGUAUUGUGAAUUAUCUAUUAUAUGUUUUUUUUUUAAUUAGGUGCUAUUUUUCUUAUACAUGGUUCUAACUUCUAAGUAUGCACAGCACAAAAUGAGGCGGGUAUAGCUGCACCAGAUACAUUUAAUUUCAA